AAUAUCGAUUAUUUAAAUCAGUCUAGUUUUCUAGCACAGGAGAAUGACACAACAUAUUCUGUCAAGAUUAUAUUCUCGAAAAGGUUCCUUAUUCUGCUUCUGAGUUUCGAUAUUUUUCGUGUUGCAUGUCUACUGUUAAGAAUGUUUCAAAACGAAGUUCCACUUCAAAAGAACCAGUUGCUUCGCGAGUUACCGCAAAGAAAAGCACUAAAGAAACGACAAAUAAACCCAAGAGCGAAGCGCAAAAAAAACCAUCAUCCAAACCGGCAGAGGAAAAAGACUUAAGUAAAAAAUCUAACCAAUCCGCCAAAGCGGUAGCAAGUGUACCACCAAAGAAAACAAUUGAGAAAAUUAUAGAAAAACGCAAUGUUUCCGGAGCACCUAAACAGAGCACGACUGGCAAAGCUAAGCCUUCGACCAAAACAAAACAACAAUCAACUUCUAGCAGUAGAGUUACGCGAUCGGAAUACUAUCCAAGUAAAAAUUUAUUUUCCAAUGCACUGAAAUCCGUAGAAAAGCCACCAAAACCUCUGGAUGAAGACGAGGACAGUAGUACGAAAAAAUCCACUAAAGCUAAAACUGAAAGCUUUAACCGAUUAGGAAGAUCACACGCAAUUAAUAGUCCUUCUAGAGCGGCUUCCAAAUCUGAAAUUAAAUCACCAACAUUAAAACCAAAGGAAAACAAAAGAGAAUUAAGGCAAGCAAUUGAGAAAGUGCAAGCAAGUGACUCAGUGUCUGAAACAAGUUCAUUGCUAGAUAGACCUCGAACCGCAACAUUAAGAAAAGGCAGUAUUGUGAAUGAAAACAUUGUAGGACCUGAAGCGCCAAAGACGAAAAAAAAUAUUCCCCUUAUAAAAGAAGCUUUAACCAACAAUAGAGAAAUAGCAUCGAACUCAGUAACUCCGGAGGAAAACUAUGAAGAAGAUUUCGAAUCUUACGAGUCGGAUUUCGAUGUUGCAUCUUCAAGUGAAGACACCACCAACUUAGACAUUAUUUCACGACAAAGUGGUUCCAUUAGCAGCAGUGGUGAAGAUAUAUCAGAAAAACGAGAAACGUCUCCCAUAUUUCUUCAGAAGGAUCCCAAGCGACUUUCUUCGGCAGGUACAGACGAUGAGCGCAAACUGGAUUCAGGAACAUUUGAGCUUUCCGAUUUCAAGCAUCGACAAAUACUGAGAUACAUUGAAGACACUGUUAAGAAAGAAGAUGCUAUUCUCGAACACGAUAGUUCCAAAGAGCUCAACAAUCCCGCUUCAUUAUCAGAUGAAGGUUUCGAAGAUCAAAAGUCCUUGCAGUUCAUCAACUUUGCCGAUGCAAAGAAGAAAUGUGAACAACGGAGAGCGAGCGCAGCUAGAAGGAAAAGAGGUCAGGAACUUAUCAGCAUGAUAAAAUUGGAUGCUAUGAACUUCACGAUCUUUGAUUCGCCUGCUGUGUCUUAUGAUGUUUAUAUUAAGAACUACGGAAAUAGAAGUUCGGUGCAAGCAUCACUACAAACUGGGGAAGAUGACAUAUCUGAAGAAGUCCAAACGGAAGUUAUUGACGAAGUCAGCAAGUGGACUCAGAUGCCAAAUAAAUUUUCAACUUUUGAGGAGAACACCGAAGGAUUUUGGACGAAUUAUAAGUGUGAGUACUUGGGAGUUGGAGCACAAAAUCAAUCUGAAGCUACUCCAGUAAUUAACCAAGUUCGACUGACGAAUUUUAUGAAAAACUCUAGUGAGCUGAUGUUGCAAAUAUUGGCAGAAAAAAAGCUGAGCAGCAUGGAGAAUGUGAGGAAAAACAAAAACAAUAUCCCCUACAGUAGGGGCUACUUGCAAUUUAACACUUCACAGGAAAUGUUCAGAAACACCACAGUUAGUAAGGUUUUGGUUGUUCCUGGAAAAAUCAGUCCGAUUAUGUCUGUGCACAGAAGAACGAAGGUGGAACUGGAUUUGAUUGGGUCAAUAGUGUGUAUUUGGGAUACAGCCGAUCUAGAAGCGCCUAGAAGAGUUUUUGUGGCUUUUGGUGAAGUUUGCUGUGCAACUUUCUCAGGGGAUUGUGAAAAUUAUGUCUUGGCAGGCCAACAUGAUGGAGCUAUAUUAGUGUGGAAUGUUGAAGAAAAACGAAGAUUGUAUGAUAUAUCGAAUCAAACUCCUUCUUUUGUUACUCCUAUUGGCUCUAGUCACUUUGCCAAAGUUAUCUCGGUACAAACGGUUUCCGAACACCCAGGUUUCAAAUCUGGGGAAUCCGUGGAGGAUGAGAUUUGUUCGUUGGACGAAUCAGGAAAAAUUAUUAUAUGGACGCUUUACUCAGAAUCCGAAUCAGCACAGUCAAUUAAUGGUGUAUUGCUGAUAAAUACACAUACGAUCAAUUUACCCGUUUUGUAUCCAGAAUUGUCUGACUUUGUGUGUUCUGAUUGCAUUCUAAUGGAUGACCACAUUUAUGUUUCAACCAAUUAUGGAUUUAUAUUACACUGUUUAGUUAAAAGCAACCACUCCAAUGUUAAGAAGGUUUUCUCUUCAGAAUCCCAUAUUGGCUCCACCUGCAUGGAAAACUGUCCAUUUUCUCCUUUGUACUUUGUCGCUGGCUAUUCAAAUGGAGAUAUUUCCUUAUUCACCCGAUCAACCCAGAGGCCUUUGCUAGUGUUGCAAAAUAAAGAGCAAAUGGAAAGCAGCAGUACACAAAUAAUCCGUUGGUCCACAACGAAACCUUUCCUAUUUUAUGUGAAGGAUUUGGAAAAUACCGUUCAUGUCUGGGACCUCCAGAAGAGCGAUUUGUAUCCUGAAUAUUCCGUUAAAUUUCCUGAGAACAUCACUUGUUUCACGCUUUCAAAUGUCCCAAAUAGUGGCAAGAGCGAUGAAAUGGCUUUUAUGUUAAUUGGAACUGAAGAUGGAAAAUUGUAUCUACAUUUAUUGAGCGGGGACUACGGAACACAAAGCUUGGAAUCGUACCAUGAAGAUGUUAAAAUAUUUUUGAACUAUGUCAAUCGCUUGUAAUAAAUAUUUUCUACUUUCAAAUUUAAAUAAAUGCUGUUAUAAUAAAA